GAAGUACUGUACAUCACAGUACUGCUGCUGGAAGACAUGGGUAUACAAUACACACACACACACACACACACACACACACACAAGCUCAUUUUUCUGUCUCUGACUGACAGGUGGAAUCAUGCAGGAGGCGGAGCUUGCUACAGUCAAGUUUGUCAAGUCACCGUACAGCCUGAGCCUGGUGUCCACGCCCCCUUUCAUCAAACCUGGACUUCCUUAUAACAUCCAGGUGCUGGUGAAAGAUCACCUGGACAACCCAGUGAAGGAGGUUCCAGUCCACCUGGUGCAGCGACAGCUGUUCCGUCAGACGAGGGACACUGAAAACAUGCCAUGUCCAGACAGCGUCAUCAGCCAAUCAGACGGCCUGGCUAUCUUCAUCUGCAACACGCCCAGCGGGGCCACCAAGGCUGUGCUGCAGUUUGUGACGGCUGACUCCGCCCUUCCAGCAGCCAGCCAGGCGAGCAUGACUCUGAAUGCGGUAGCAUACUCCUCCCCAAAUCAGCGCUACCUCUACAUCGACCCACCUCUCGCCGACCACGCACUGGAAGUUGGCCGCUACGCCAACAUCAAAGUGUAUUCGGCCACGCCCUCAUUCCUGCCCGUCAAAGCUCUCAGCUACUUAGUGAUCUCUAAAGGGACGGUGGUGGAGUUUGGCAGUAAGACAUUUGCCUUCAGUGCCGACAACAAGCAGAUUAUUAGCUUCCAGGUGACCGGUGCCAUGGUUCCCUCCAUCAGACUGCUGGUUUACUACAUCCUGUACGGUGAGGGGACAUCAGAGCUGGUGGCAGACUCCAUGUGGCUGGACGUAAGAGCCAAGUGUGUCAAUGGACUCCAGACUACGAUGUCGUACCGGAUGAAGGACUACAGACCGAAGGAAAUCCUACAGCUGGAUAUUCAGACCAGUCAGGAGGGCCUGGUGGCGCUCUCUGCCAUGGACUCCGCCCUCUUCUCACUACAACGCAACUUCAGAGACCCUGUUGCCAUGGUGUUACGUCACAUCGAGAGCAGCGACCUGGGCUGCGGUGGGGGCGGAGGCAGAGACAGUGCAGAUGUCUUCCGUUUGGCCGGCCUCACCUUCUUCACCAACGCCAACGCCCACCCAACACAGAGCCAUGAGCCGUGCACUGCCAAGGUGCGCCCAAAGCGAGAACUGACUGAAGAGCAGAAGACAAAAAAAGCGGAGAGCUACGGGGUGCUGAAGGUGUGCUGUGAACAGGGCAUGAGGUUCAUCCCAAAGACCCUCAGCUGCCUGAAGUACGCAGAGCAGACAUACAGGAAGAUGCCGCGCUGCCUCACGGUGUUCAAAGAGUGCUGCGAGUUCUACCAGCAGCACCUGGACCGCACGCACAUCCUCGCACGCAACGAGAUGGGUGCGGACUUGGACCUGGUGCCCUCUCUGGUGCGGAGCUACUUUCCUGAGAGCUGGUUAUGGGAGGUGCAGCGUGCAGGGCCCCCUCAGGUGUCCAUCAGUAGGACUCUACCAGACUCUCUCACCACGUGGCAGAUCCAAGCUGUCGGCAUGUUUAAGGACGGGAUGUGCGUUGCAGAUCCAGCUCAGGUGUCGGUUCGUCUGCCACUCAGUGUGGACGUUCCGCUGCCGUAUCAGGUGGUCAGAGGUGAAGAGCUGGAGCUCAGAGGGUCCGUGUACAACCAGCAGCCCGACAGUGUCAUGUACUGCGUCACGCUGACAGUCGGCCCGGCGCUCUGCCUGCUCCAGUCGCAGCCGGCCAGCGGUGGGCUGCGCUCCACGGAGUGCAGCUUGCGCCCCCUGUCUGCAGGAGGUGUUGGACAGCUGUCUUUCAUCCUGCUGGGUCUGGAAGCUGGAGAGCACACACUGACCUUCACCCUGAAAACACGAGGCGGAAGCAGGGACAUCCUGGAGAAGAAGCUCAGAGUGGUGCCUGAAGGGGUGAGAACAGAGGUGUUCUCUGGAGGACGGCUGGACCCUCAAGGUCUCUAUGGUUCAGAGAAGAGAAUCGUGACACUGAAGAACAGACUUCCUGCCAACAUCGUCCCAAACACCGCAGUGGAGCGACUGCUCACUGUUAACGGGGAGGUUAUAAGUGAAAUCCUGACUGUGAUCAAUGACCAAAAGGGCCUCCAGCAGCUUGUCAACUUACCUGCAGGCUCAGGGGAGGCGGAGCUUAGUGGGCUCCUCCCUCUCAUCCAGGUGUACCAGUAUCUGGAAAUGACCAGACACUGGGACAUCCUGGGACCCAACAUCUUCAAGAACGCAGCAAACCUGCGAAAUAGGAUCAAAACUGGUCUGAUCAGUGUCGCCUCCUUCAGGAGCAGCGUAGACUUCAGCUACAGCAUGUGGAAGAACCGAGAACCCAGCACCUGGCUGACAGCGAUGGUGGUGAAGACUCUGGCUGCAGCAGAUCCGAUCGUCACUGUGGAUCAUCAGUCGUUGUCGGAGACGGUGUCCUGGUUGAUCCACAGUACUCAGGGGGCUGACGGCUCCUUCGGGGACAAAUCAUCCUACAGACCCUAUAAAGUUGUGGGGGCCGGAGCGAAUGCUAUUGACCAAUCAGUGUAUGUGACAUCCUGCGUACUGAUAGCCUUAAAACGAGCCACGAGCAUCAAAGACCUGAUCCUCCAGCUCCAAUUCCAUGUUGACAGCAUGAGGUCAGCAGCCAGCUAUAUUUCCCAGCAUGCCCUGCAAGUGCAUAGUGUGUAUGCACGUGCAGUAGCGACUUACGCACUGACCCUACAUGACCCCAGCAGCAUGGUGGUGACUCAGCUCGUCAGCAGCCUGGAGAAUUUGGCCCGACAGAAAGGAAACCCAGUGGAGCUCAGGUACUGGCAGGAGCCCAGCGUGACAGCUGAUUGGCUAAAACCUGACCAAUCCAGCGGGCUGACGGUGGAGACGACGGCAUACAUGCUGCUGGCGAUGCUGCUCAAGGGGAGGAUCCACUACGCCAGCCCCAUCCUGUCCUGGCUGACCCAGGACCAGCACCACGGGGAGGGCUUCUACUCUGUACAGGACGUGGCUCUGACUCUGGAGGCAGUGACUGCGUACAGCAGAACAGUCCGCCGGACCAACCUCGAUCUGUACAUCAGCAUCCGCUAUGACAGGAAGGGGGCUUUGAAACAGGUGCAACUCAGCCAGAGCCACCCUGUGGCCAUGCCCAUCCAGGUAACACAGGAUGAUGGUAUCACAGUGUCGACGGGUUAUGGGAACGGUGUGGCAAACGUGAAGCUGAAGACGGUUUACUAUCAGACAACUCUGACUGACACCAACUGUAACUUUGACCUCAGCAUUGAGGUUAACGGCCCGGACACCUCUGGCACUUCCAGCAUGAGCUCUCCUCACCUGGUCGCCUGUGCAAAGUAUAAACCUCCUCCUAAUGAGAUGAUGACAGAGUCCAGUCUCACAGUGAUGAAGAUCCAACUGCCCACAGGUGUGGAGGCGCAUCUGGACGACCUGAGACAGUUCAUGGAGGGGAUGGAACCGGUCAUCUCCAGUUAUGAACUCCAAGGAAACACGGUUGUCAUUCAGUUGGACUCUGUUCCCUCCGAUAUCUUUGUCUGUGUGGCAUUUCGAAUCCGGACGGGUUUCAGGGUGGGUGGAGCCAGUGAGUCCUUGUUCAGUGUGUAUGAGCCUCAGGACCGAGGAACAAUGUGCACCAAGCAGUUCUCCUACAAAGAGCAGAAACUGCAGCGCCUCUGUGUGGCUGAACAGUGUCAAUGCAUGACAGCGGCCUGUGCGACCUAUAGAGGAAACUUCGAUUUGACUCUUACGACCAACAAACUCACAGAGGAGGCAUGUAAACCUCAAAUCAAAUACGCCUUUCGGGUGAAGAUGAAGUCUUCCUCAGCUGAAGGAGACUUUGUGACCUUCUCUGCUGAUGUAGCUGAAGUCCUGAAGACAACAGAUAAAGAGUUGGAAGCGGUGAGUUCAGGUACCGAGGUGGAGUUCGUAAAGAAGGCCACCUGUAGCUCAGUGGACAUCCAGAACCAUCAGCAGUACAUGGUGAUGGGAGCUGUGGGUUCAAAGGUCACACUCAGCAACAGCUUCAGGUAUCGCCUCCCUCUGGACUCUGACGCCGUGCUGAACCUGUGGCCCACAGACUCAGACUGUACUUCACCUGAGUGUUUUGAUUACGUCUCCAAGCUGAAUGUGUUUGCUGAGGAGAUGCAGCUGGACGGCUGCCCACUGUAACAAACAAACAAACAAACAAACAAACAGAUUCUGU